CCAUGGAAAUAAAGAAGUGUUCUCCUGCCGGGGCAUCCUUCUGGCUGUCCAGUGGUUUUGGGACAGAGGACACAAGGAUAUUACAGUCUUUGUGCCAUCUUGGAGGAAGGAGCAGCCACGACCAGAUGUACUUAUAACAGAUCAGUAUAUUCUCCGUGACCUGGAAAAGAAGAAAAUUCUGGUCUUCACCCCUUCCAGACGGGUUGGAGGCAAACGUGUCGUCUGUUAUGAUGAUCGAUUCAUUGUGAAACUGGCACAUGAGUCUGAUGGCAUUGUGGUUUCUAAUGAUACUUAUCGGGACCUGCAGAACGAGCGUCCUGAGUGGAAGAAAUUCAUUGAGGAGCGUCUGUUGAUGUAUUCCUUUGUUAAUGACAAGUUUAUGCCUCCAGAUGAUCCCUUAGGGCGACAUGGCCCCAGCCUGGAUAACUUCCUCAGAAAGAAACCUGUGGUGCCAGAACACAAGAAACAACAGUGCCCUUAUGGGAAGAAAUGCACUUAUGGAAUUAAGUGCAAAUUCUACCACCCUGAAAGGAUCAAUCAGCCCCAGCGCUCGUUAGCUGAUGAACUCCGAGCCAAUGCAAGGUUGUCUCCUACCAGAAGUACCAGUACUAAGGAGGAGAAAAAGGGCAAAAGAGGUUCCCAGGCAGAGCUUUUGUGCUCUGUGCCCACGGAGAGUGAUAAAAGCUCUUUGCAGAAGGUCUCUGCAGAGAGGAAAAGCUUGACUCACAAAGCAAAGCCCAGUGAUGUUCCACUUCAGGUCAAGGGCUGUGUGUCAGGCAGUGUCCCUCCCAGCAGUGGGAGCCACAGGUCCUCUGACAGAUACCAGCAGCCUCCUAUGGACUCUCUGUCUUAUAUCUCUCAGGAGCAUCUUGAUUCAGGCAUUGGGUCUUUGGAGAACCAACUGUCUGACAUGUGGCCUUACAGAUCUGCCAGUCACUGUGAUCAUUCCCAUGCUGAUCAGGUGGCAGUCUGCACCUGUGGUAGGCAAAGACCUGUCUACCCACACUCUCCCAGCUUAGAGCAAAAUGCUAACGCUGGGCAAUACAGUCUGCCCAAUGACUAUAAUGCCUCUCCAUCCCAUUCUCGAGAGUACUGGUCUGAACCAUACCAGAUGCCACCUCCUCAGGUGAGAUCCACCAGUGUGCGAGAUCCUCGUUCUGUACAGAGAGCCCCAGGGCCAGCAUACGGGGACUCCUGCCAGUGGGCUGUCUCUGACCAGUUUGCAGAGGAGAGGGCCAAUGUGCAUGUCAAGCUGUGUGGCAUAUUCCAUCCCCAUUUAGUUGAUGCUGUGAUGAGUCGUUUCCCUCGGCUUCUGGAUCCCCAAAGGUUGGCUGCGGAGAUACUGACCUACAAAUCUCAGAACCCAG